UCCACACCCAGAAGGGUGGGCAGCUCAGCAGAUCUGUGCAGAGAACUCCUGGAGUCAGCUGUCUGUCCCUGGAGCAAUCACACAGGCUGUUGGAAGGAUGAACUUAGUCCCCUACUUUCCACCUUCUGGGCAGAAUGUGAAAAACUUAAUACAUUACACCCAGGACAGUGUGACCUUUGCUCACACCAUGGAGAACUCAUCCAGCGACCCAAGAGAGGCCAGGGAGCCUGCUCCUCAAACAAGGUCCUGGAGGGGCCGCUUCCAAAGAGCUCUGGCACGCUUAUACAAGUUCUUCAGGAGAGGACACCGAACGACCCAAGGCUGACACCACUGGAAUCCUAGACAUGGGGGCCAUGCUCAGUGAUCAAGAUCUACGACUGCUCAGGCCCCUGCUCUCAAGGAAUCUUGUCCAGUGAUGUUGAAAUAAAUGCUGACAGACUUUCAAACUUUC